UCUUAUAAAAUUAUGACUUUUCCUUGCAUUUCAUUCAUUUUGUUCAGAAAAUUCUAAAAAUAAACACUUAAGAAGUCAUGAAACAAUUAAAAAUCGUCUCAGUUGGGAAUCGAGUUGGAAAAACUUGCCUCCAUUUCACCACUAUUCACGGAAAUUUUCCCGAUGCUUACGAAUUAGCAGUUUAUUACAACAAUAAUUAUUCCAUGACCCAAACCGUCGACAACAAAGAAUAUCACUUGCAAGUUUGGGAUGUUCCGUGUCAAGAUGACUCUGAUGACAUUCGUCCUGCUUCCUUGCCUGAUGCGGAUUGCAUUUUAAUCUGUUACUCAAUCGAGAAUCGAGCUUCCUUCGAGAACAUUUUGACGAAAUGGUAUCCGGAAAUGAAGUUUUUUGCACCAGAUGCGCCCAUUAUUCUCGUUGGAAUGAAAGCAGAUUUGCGAGAUCCGAAAUCAGGUGACUUCGUAACAACUGAAGAAGGCAAAAAGAUGAAGGAGAAAAUUGGGGCAUUUGCAUUUGUGGAAUGUUCGGCGAUGAAAAAAAUUAAUCUGGAUGAGGUUUAUUGUCAAGCGGUGCGUGCUGUGGAAGAGAAAAAGUAA